CAUUAUUUGUACUAUAUCUAUUUUUUAAAAUCUAUUCUUAUCUAUUGCACUAUGUCUGUUUUUUUGUAUUCCAUUUGUGUCUUGUCAUUUAUGUACAUUACUGCUGCAAGACAGAAAUUUCCCUUGGGGAUAAAUAAAGUACUGUCUGUCUGUCUGUCAAUCCACCCAUCCAUCUGUAUAAAAUGAUGAAUGUUCUAUGAUUUAAAAAAGAUGUGAACAUUGCAGAAUUUUUUACGAUGCAAAGCAAGAGUCUUGUAUUAGCACAUCAGGACAGAGUGCAGCUUCUCAGUAAAUUGAAUUUCCUUCAGGAGCAUUUGGAAUAUUACAUGUUUUUUGUUUUGUGGGUUUUUGUCACCUUAUUAAUGUUGACACCAUGUCCAGUAGAUGGCAGCAAAAUGCAAUGACCAUAAAACGAAGGUUUGUGAAAUGGUGGAUUCUGAAGAUGGCCUAGGCAUUAAUACUUCAGCAAGCCUUACCUUUGAGGGCAACUUUCUUCUGAACGAAAAUCUUGACUUCUCAGAUCAUAAUGAUGACAGGAAGAUUAUAGGCCUGGAGAGGUUUUCAGCUGAUCUUACUCUGCCUAGCUUCCAACUGGGAGACGAAGAGAGCGCCUCCUUCGCUCGCUUCAGCAUGGAGAGCGACACAGACGACAUUCAUGCCGGCGAGAGCAAGCGCGAGGGCAGCUCGUCUGAGGCUGCCUUCCCCUCAUACCUCUCCUGCCGGGGCUGCGCCCGCCUCCUAGAGGAGCCUGCAGGACCCGGGCUGGACCUAGUUGGACCCUACUGCCUACGCUGCUGCAAAGGGGACAUGAGUGUCGUGGUGGGCGAGGCUCAGUCAGUUGCCUGCUCUGGGUCUGCCUCCGACUCACAAGCCACACUUGAGGGGGCAGCCUGUGAGAGAACAGCGGGCGAGGACGGCUCGCUGAAGCUCCACUCAUGCGUGCUGUGUGGCUUCUCUUCGCGCUACACGAAUCACGUCAAGAGACACAUGAAGACCCACAACGGGGAGAAGCCAUAUAGGUGCCCGCUGUGCUCGUAUGCCUCGGCACAGCUGGUGAACCUGCAGAGGCACUUGCGCAUCCACACUGGAGAGAAACCCUACAAGUGCGAGCACUGUACUUUUGCCUGUAGUUCCUUGGGGAACCUGAAGAGGCACCAGCGCAUGCAUACAGUUGCGAAUCCUGGUCGCAGCAUGCAGCGGCCAGUGAGUAGCCAUGCCCACCAGCAUCCUGCUGCAGGCCAGAGACUCCGAGGAGAUGCUCCUGUUGCCUCAAGCGGAGAAGCCACAGAGACUGGAGUGAACUUGAGUGCUGGUGGUGAUGGCGGGUACACGCAGCCGUUUACAGGCUUGAAGCCGGAGCAGCGGUCCUCGCCAGGGAUCCGUGAGCCUGGGGCGCACGUGAACACGCAUGCGCCGCUGCCCCCACUCCUCUUCCCCUUCACCUGUCGCCUGUGUGGCCUGGCUCUUGACGACGAGGACGGCUCCUCUGCACAGAUCUGUGCCAAGUGCACACUGGAGAUGCUGACGAAAGAUGCGGCGGGCGUCGGCAGCGAGCGAGGUGACCGGGUGUACACGUGUGCUGCCUGCCCCUUCCUUACGCACUACCCCAACCACCUGGCCCGCCACAUGAAGACACACAGUGGCGAGAAGCCGUACAAGUGCCCGCAGUGCGACUACGCCUCUGCCCACUUCGAUAACCUCAAGCGGCACCACCGCGUGCACACGGGCGAGAAACCCUACAAGUGCCACCUGUGCGACUACGCCUGCGGCAACCUGGCCAACCUGAAGCGGCACCAGCGCGUGCACUCGGGCGCCAAGCCCUUCCAGUGCGCCAUGUGCAGCUACAGCUGCAAUCAGAGCAUGAACCUGAAGAGGCACAUGCUGCGGCACACCGGCGAGAAGCCCCACAAGUGCCAGGAAUGCGGCUACACCACAGGCCACUGGGACAACUACAAGAGGCACCAGAAGAAGCAUGGACUAGCCACUGAUGGCUGGGUGAAGGUGCGGCUGCCUGGCAAUGAGGUAGAGGGGGAGGAGGAGGAGGAGGAGGUGUAGCCUGGCAACAAGAGAGGUGAUUGUAUUAUGAGGCGCGAGAGAGGGGGAGACUGAGAUUAUACUGCAGAUAGCAGGUGACGAAGUGUUACUGUACCAGCAUAAGCUUGCUUAUUCUGUUUUCUGUAUUUUUUCAUGUUUCUUAAAAACACCCAAGCUGCUAAACAGAUUUGUUGCAUAAGCUUGAAGAUUUAAACAGAAUGUUUAAAUGCAUUUGAAUGGGAUUGGGCAAUUCAGGACUUCACAGAGGCCUAAGGGGACUGCCCUUGUUUCAUUUGUCAGUGCCAAACACAUUGUGUACUUUUUACCUUGACUGAAAUGCAAUUUAUCACUCUGUUUACCUUGCACGCCUGUUCACCAUUACUCUGCACCACUGCCUAUAGAACAAUCCAACUGUAUGUUCUCACUGAGUAAACCUUGCUCAGAGGCCUUUGCUGCUCAAAUGGAGUUUUAAAACUGCACAACAGCCCUUUACAAACCACUUGUUUACAUCACUGUCAACACCAGUAUCAACACUGCAGCUUUCAGUUAUGCAGUAAUUAUUGGGGACAGCGUUGCUUUUUGGUUGUGUUUUAACUGUGAAAAAGCCCAUUUUGUAUGUGUAUUUGAAGCAGGAUGGUGCAGUGUAAACAUGCAUUCAUACUUAUUGUAAACCUUUUGUUUUCAUAUGCAUUUUUUUGUGGGUGAAUUUCAAAAGAAUGUUUGGCAUGUAUUUGCCAACAGUGGCAUUAAGUCAAAGAAAAGGGACCAUAAAUUCUUUAUGCAGUUUAUAACUUUCAGGUUGCCAAGGAAUUAACAAACCUUGAGAUGGAAUCCCUUAAGUGUGAGGUGCUUGAGUGUUCUCUUGUAAUUAUGCAGUUGUUUCUACUUGCCUUAAGUAUUCUGAAAUAAAACUCUUUUGUGGUGGUA